AUGUCAUCCUCCUCAGGAGUUAAUGUGUUGCGAUACACGGCCCUCGGUCUGGGCGUGUUCUACGGUUUCACACAUCAGCGAUCGAUCACAGCAAGCCAGAAGGCUGCUGCCGCCCAGAAGGAGUAUGAGCGCAAGGAGAAGUUGAUCGAACAGGCGAAGGCUGAGUUUGCGAAAAAGAACCAGCCACUCAAGUCGGCGGCUGCUGAUGCUGGAGUUAACGUCGACCCGAUGGACCCCAAGUUUGAUCUUGAGGCCUACUUCAACAACCUGGUGAAGCAGAACCCGUAA